AUGCAUAUUUUCGCCGACUCGAGUUCAUCCAAGGACAAUGGUAAUCCCAAGACUCCUGUUCCACCAGUUCUCUUCAAACUCUUUGGCGAAAACGCGCUCCUCCCGACGCAGAUCCGUACGUCGGCGACUACGCGUGCGCUCAUUGUGCUUCACGCACUUUGGUAUCUCUCCAAAGUGCCCUCAUGUGCUCUUUGCAUGAUAAAGGCACACGAAGAGGAAAAGGCAUAUGGUCAAGGGCCGAGCUCGAAGAAACGCGCACGAACCACCGUGAUGAACCGUUCGACCGGAAAGGCGACACCAUUCCCUGCGUUUGCAAACUUGGACCUCAGUCAAGAGAGGAAGAGCGACAUGGGUGGUGUGGACAAGAGCCUCAUCUCAAAGAUUGUAGUGGAUUGGAGUGUCGCCGUACGAUGUGCAUUUGUCAUGCUCGUCGAUCAUCCAAUGAAGAAUUAUUGGGAGACACACACCCGACACAUUCCAGAUGCCAUCGGUACCUCUACGACAACCUUUUUCCAGCGUGCUCUCGAUUAUAAUCUCAAUAUUGACAAAGCCAAGCUUAUGCAACUGAUGGACCUCGUCACGGAUCAGCAUCCGCUCGCGCUCGCUCCUCAGUCUCGUAGGCGAUAUCGCUUGCCCAACGGCGUCACGGCAAUGGAUUUCGAAAGCCUUGUCGAUGUCGAUUAG